CGACACGUGCAAAUCGCCGUUCAAAGUUGUAGUCUGACGUUGUUAGUCUUUUAAGCGCCAUUUUCUUUAGGAUGGAGCGGAAAUACACUAGAUUCAAAUAUUCCAAAGAGCAGUUGUCACUGGGUAUCAGAGCAGUAGAAUCAGGCAGCAUGAACUUAAGUGAUGCCUCUAGGCGAUAACUUCAACAAAAUGGGUAGAAUUUCAUCAAGAACAAGAUAAAAUAAAGCGUCAAAAAGAGGAAGACAUUAAAAAAAACUCGAUAGAGAAAGAAAGCGAAUGGAACAACAAGAACGAAAAAAUAAGAUCAGGCGACAGUAUGAAAUAAAGAGACCUAACAGAAACUUGAGUGAAAACCUGUCACUUUUUGAAUUGAAGCUAAAACAAGGACAAGAAAGAAAAACAUGCAAAAAACAAGAGAAAAAGUCAGAAAAGCGGAAGCGUGAUAAAGAUCAGAAAAUCGAGCAACAGUAUACAAAACGGUUUAACAGAGAUGAUUCCUCAAGUACGGAUGAAAAUCUGUCACUAUUUGAAUUGAAACUACAAGGACAAAAAAAGAAAACAUACGAAAAACAAGAAAAAUGGUCAGAAAUGACGAAGCGUAAUAAUGCUCAAAAAAUCGAAGAAUCGGACGAAGAAGGAACUAAGAAUAAAAUUUCCCCUAAAUUGUCAUCAAUAAGUUUAGAAAAAUCAACAUCAAAUUUUGACUUAAGCGUUCCUUUUGUUAAAGGUGAUUAUGUUCUGGUAAACUAUGAGGAUUCACAUUAUCCUGGCCUAAUAAAGGCUGUUAAAAAUAAUGAAUAUAAAGUAAGUGCUCUCCAUGCUACAUUUAUUUAUUUAUCGUAUGCCAAACACAUGGUACAAUAAAAGUAAUAUGUAUACAAAUAUACACAAAAGAAUAUAGAAAAACACGUACAACACUCAAAAUUAUAAACAAAAUAUAUACACUGACAGAGGUAAAGAUAAAAAACAUCCAUAGUACAAAAAAGAACACUUGGAAGUGGCCGUCACCACCUGAUCAAAUUUGGUAUUACUCGGAUAAAAUUGUGAAAAAAAUUGCUGUUCCAAUACCUCAUAGCGCUGAAGGGACUUUUGUUAUUAAUAUGUAAAUGCAGCAUAAUAUUUUUUAUAUUAUAUUCUUACCUGAUUAUGUUUAUUAAAAGCUUAUGUUUAUUUAAACUUGAAUUUUUGUAAAGCUUAAUUUAAUAAAUACAACGUUCAUUAAC